AGGUCAAGAUGGAUGCGACGCUCAUAACUCUUGGUAGGCGGUGUCGCCUCCGGGGUGUUAUUAUAGGCUCUACUAGGUCUGCAUCGAUGAACUUCAUCGUGCCAUGUUGGGAGCCUCAGAAAAGUCAAGAUGCUGUUUUCCGUCUUGUUUGGCCUCUUGGUUUACCUACUGCCAUAUGGGCUGGGGUUAACCAUACUGCCACAAAAUAGUCAAAAUGAAAUCGAGUCAAGAGAUGUGUUAGAAGGACUGGUAACAUGGGAUAAACAUUCCAUGAUUAUCCGCGGAGAGCGUAUCUUCAUAUUCUCUGGAGAAUUCCAUCCCUGGCGUCUACCGAGCCCGGGUUUAUGGCUUGACAUCUUUCAGAAAAUCAAGGCUCUAGGAUUCAACGCCGUGACAUUUUAUACCUACUGGGGCCUUGUAGAAGGCACGCCAGGCCAAGUACGUUUCGACGGGGUAUUCGCUCUUGAUGAAUUCUUCAAAGCUGCUGCCGAAGCUGGAAUUUAUCUAAUCGCCCGACCCGGCCCAUACAUCAACGCGGAAACAGCCCUCGGUGGUUUUCCGGGAUGGACAGCACGGAUUAAAGCGCCUCUUCGCGGGGACGACCCAGAAUUCGUGGAUGCAACUGAGAUCUAUGCCGCAACUGUAGGAAAGCUCAUUGCGGAUGCACAAAUUACCAAUGGGGGCCCGGUCAUCAUGUUACAGCCCGAGAACGAGUACGAUACCUGGCCUGGUGUCAAUAAUACCGACUUCCCAGCUCAAGGAAAUCGGAAUUAUAUGGAACAUGUUAAACAACAGAUGAAGAAAGUUGGAAAUGUUGUGCCACAAAUGGUGAAUGACCAUCUUUACCAGGGCAACUGGGCUCCUGGCAGCGGACUAGGUGAAACUGAGCUUUACGGGAUUGAUGCGUAUCCUAUGAGAUACGAUUGCGCACAUCCAGACGUUUGGCCUAAGAUUAGAUGGCCGGAGAACUGGCAAAUAAUGCACCAGAAGCAUAGCCCUAACACUCCAUUCUUUAUAGCUGAAUUUCAGGGAGGAUCUGGCACCGGGUUUGGCAGUGUUAAUGCGGAUGCCUGCAACGCGCUCGUCAACCAAGAAUCUGUUCGCGUUCUGUGGAAGAACAACUACAGCUUUGCUAUCAAGAUUUUCAAUAUUUACAUGACAUAUGGCGGAACAAACUGGGGAAACCUAGGAUAUAGAGGAGGUGAUAGUUCUUACGACUAUGGCGCAGCAAUCAAAGAGAACCGCCAUAUUUGGCGGGAGAAAUAUUCAGAAGAAAAGCUCGAGGCCAACUUCUUCAAAGUGUCACCUGCAUACCUGACGGCGGUUCCAGGAAAUGCGUCAAAUGGGUCAUACGUCUCAACUGAUCAGAUCGCUACUACGCCAGUAUUUGGAACUGAAUCUUCGACAAAUUUCUACAUCAUUCGUCACGCUGACUGGACCUCUAUAAAUACGACGACUUAUAAGUUUAACGUUCCCACCAGCAUUGGAAACAUAUCGAUACCUCAGCUUGGAGGAGAGUUGGUUUUAACGCGCAGAGACUCUAAGAUUCACGUAACCGACUACGACGUGGGAGGAGUCAACCUAAUAUAUUCCACCGCAGAAAUAUUUACAUGGGCACGAGACACAUCGGGCAAGAGGACAUUGAUUCUUUAUGGAGGAGCCGACGAAGUUCAUGAAUUUGCCAUUGAUCUAACAAACUUGACGAGGGUAUCUGCAGAGACAAAGUUCAAUGAUAAGAACGUGAAGAUCCAGAAGAUACACUCCAACACACUGGUCGUCCAAUGGAAAGUUUCUACGGAGAGAAGGAUAUUGAACCUUAGCGAUGAUCUUGAAGUACUCUUGCUUUGGCGCAAUGAUGCAUUCAAUUAUUGGGUUGCGGAACUUCCGGCAGAGGCUCCAGUCGCGAAUUAUUCUUCUCCGUCAAAAUCCACCGUGGUGGUAAAGGGACCCUAUCUGGUUCGAACAGCAGCUAUAGUUGAGGAAACACUCCGCCUCACCGGCGAUAUCAACAGGACCGUCGACAUCGAGCUCAUCUAUGAACCUACGGGGAAAGUCAAGGCCCUGUCCUUCAACGACGAAACAUUACAAGGAAGUCUAAAUGGAGACGGAAAACUUACAGCGCGCUUGGAUUUCCAAGCCCCUGAAAUCACACUUCCCAAUUUUGCUACUCUGGAGUGGAAAUACAUCGAUUCCCUCCCCGAGACUCAAAUCUCCUACGACGAUUCCGCCUGGGUUACGUGUGAUAUCCCUUCAACAAAUAACCCGCAAUCUCUUCUCACUCCCACCUCUCUUUACGCAAGCGACUACGGUUUCCAUAGCGGAUCACUUAUAUAUCGCGGCCACUUUACUGCUAACGGGGAAGAAUCAACAUUAUUCGUUAAUCUGACGGGUGGUAAUGACUUCGGCUACUCGAUUUGGCUUGACGACACAUUUAUCACUUCGUGGGAUGGGUCAGGCCAAGGAGGUGGCGACCAUACGCACAACGACACUAUAUCGCUCCCCUCUCAGGCUCUCGAGAACGGGAAAUCGCAUAUCUUCACGCUGGUGAUUGACCAUAUGGGGCAAGAUGAGGAAGCUCCCGGAACUGACGCGAUCAAAGCGCCAAUGGGUAUCAUUAACUUCGAUCUGGCAGGACACUCGCAGUCGGACGUAACUUGGAAGCUAACGGGAAACCUCGGCGGUGAGUCUUAUCACGACCUCGAGCGUGGCCCUCGGAACGAAGGUGCCAUGUUCGCGGAGCGGCAGGGCUAUCACCAGCCCUCACCUCCGAGCCAGAACUGGGAGAUCUCGAACCCCAUCGUCGACGGCAUCAAAUCUUCUGGUAUCGGCUUUUUCACUACGACUUUCGACCUCGAUGUCCCUGCUGGAUACGACGUGCCGCUAAACUUCGUGUUCGGCAAUUCCUCUUCUACUACCACCACUUCCAACUACCGCUGCCAGCUCUUCGUCAAUGGGUGGCAAUUCGGCAAAUACGUCGCGAAUCUGGGGCCCCAAACCGCGUUUCCGGUUCCGGAGGGCAUACUAAACCAUAACGGCAAAAACACCGUCGCGCUCACACUCUGGUCGCUCGACGAUGACGGGGCGAAGCUCGAUGGCUUCUCGUUGGAGCCGGAGAUGCCGCUGUGGUCUGGCUACAGGAAACCUUGGUCGUCGCCCCAGCCGGCGUGGCAGGAGCGAGAAGGGGCGUAUUAGGGACUGGUGCGUGGAGUUCGGUGUCCCCGAUAUCUAUAUCGCGAAGACUAUUAAGCACUACUGCAUCUGAGGGUCGACGGUACGCUUAUCAGUUGGCUCGUGGAUAUGUCGUCGGGCAGAGAAGGAAAGGCGGUGCCUAACGCUAUGGAACAAUAGUGUAUUGUAUGCAAACAAUAGACCACGUUGUUGUUCUCGGACCGUGGCAGAAUUGACCCCCUUAACC